GUGUGUCAAACAAAUGGCGUGCAUAAGAGAAAUGAAGUGCAAUAAUUCUGGCAAAAAAAUAAUAUUGCUAAUUUUUUUGUCAUUUAAAGUUACAUUUAGAUCUAAAAUUCUACUUGUAACACAAGUAAUAGUAUUUUUAUGAGAACAGUAACUGUAAUUAGAUGAACAUGUAAUUCAGAGCGGUGAAUGCGUGUGUUACUGCAGUACAUUCUACCUCUUACCAGUUAACACCUUUUUUUUUAUUUUAUUUAUUUAUUUUUUUUUAAUAAUUUUUAAUUUAGUGAUUUAGUGGGUGGUAGAUGGGUUGGUCAGUCUUAUUCAGAAACUGUAUAAAUGAAAGGACAGUAAAGAGAGCAGAACAAACUCCUAACAGGAGGAGACUCACUCAUGGCCUAUGAGACAGAGGAUCAUGAGACUCAAUACUGCUUUCCUGCCAUCAACUCAUCAUGUAUCAAGGAAAAAUGCUCCAGACAUGAAUACAAUAUCAUGUAUGUGUUUUUUUCAUUGCUGUCAGCAUGGACUGUGUUUCUGAACCUGCUGGUGAUCAUCUCCAUCUCUCACUUCAAGAAGCUUCACACUCCAACCAACCUGAUUAUUCUCUCUCUGGCUUUUGCUGAUCUUCUUAAUGGACUUAUUGUGAUGCCUUUGGAUGCCAUAAAGUUGAUUGAGACAUGUUGGUACUUUGGAGACACUUUAUGCUCACUGUUUAUGGUAAUUAUGGGGGUGCUUCUCUCAGCAUCUCUCGGUAAUUUAGUUUUAAUUGCUGUUGAUCGUUAUGUGGCUGUGUGUCACCCUUUACUGUACCCACAGAAAAUAACCACAACUAAAGCCUUAAUGACCAUCUCUCUUUGUUGGUUUUGCUCUUCAGCUUAUACCACUGCCCUGUCAAGCAGCAAUGGACGUUUUGAUACAUCACACAAAACAGAUGCAUGUUAUGGAGAGUGUUAUUUCAUGAUGAGUUUUACAUGGAUAGUCACUGAUCUGUUCAUAUCCUUGCUGUUUCCUUGUACCCUGAUCAUAACUUUAUAUUUAAGGAUAUUUUAUGUUGUACAUCAGCAAGUGAAAGUUAUAAACGCUCUGAUGAAGGGUGGUAAAUGUGUAAUGGAAGGUUCAGUGAGGAGGAAAUCUGAGAGCAAAGCUGCUCUGACAUUAGGAAUCAUUGUGGCAAUUCAUAUUCUCUGCUGGUUACCUCUCUAUAUUUUUUCUCUAACAGAGAAUACAGUAAUGUCCUCUGUAAUUAUGAAUUUUCUAACAUGGGUCUUUUAUAUUAACUCAGGCCUGAAUCCUCUUAUCUAUGCUUUAUUUUACCCUUGGUUUAGAAGGUCAUUUAAACACAUCCUAUCACUUAAGAUAUUUCAGUCAGCAUCAUCUUUGGUGGACAUUUUUACAAAUUAUCAUUCAUGA